CUAGUGAGUACCUUUACUAAGUAGCGCGUGGGAAAAAAAUGGUUACGCAAGACGAAGAAAAUUUGUCACACGGAUAAACUCUUGAUAAAAUCUAUUAUUUCCCCUACAACGUAUCAAAUUUAUCGGGCUAAGGACCGAGAGGCGGGGCUUGCAUGGGAAAAUAUUACCGUGGGAUGUGACAAAAAGGGGUGUUUCGCAACAUUUCCUAUAAAACCUGAUAAGAAGUGUGGGUGAAUUUAUUUGCGCUCCAGACAGCCGUCCGAGAGAACAAUGACCGACAUGAGUGUACAAAAUGUCUAUGCAUUGCCAAAUUGCCUUUUUUCGGAUGAAUCAACGGCUCCUAGUCCUUCUAAUUCUCCUAAAAUUGUUAAGGAAGACACUUUUGACGCUGAAUUCUGGACGGGAGACGACGCCAUGGAAAAACUACUGGAUACCGUUCAAAUGCGAGAAAAGGCUGGAGAUUUUGAAAAAGUAAUGAACAAAGUUCUAAGUAAGAUGGACGAAGUUCGUGCGAAAACCCCGUAUCAAGGUCCAAGGAGAGUUUACGGAGAAUUUCAAUGUUCGAAUUGCAAGAAAAAAUGGGUAAGUGGCUAUAGCUGGGCAAAUACUGCUCAACUAUGCGCUAAUUGUAAAUGUGAAGUUUUUCCACACGUUCAAAAGAAGCUAAUUAAAAGUAAUGUUCCAUUGGACGAAGUACCGAUUAUGCAUAAGAGUGAAUUAUGCAAAAAAUGUAUUGAAUCAGGUCAUUUCUGCCGUAGAUUACGUUUUACUUAAUGAAUAAAGUAAGAAAACCACCAUAACGGCCAAUGAAAUGCAGUUUCGAUGAAUUUUGUCCCAGUUAGUUCUUCGUUCUCAGUAUUUCUUUUAUUUUUCUCAUUUUCAAAAGUGUUCAAUGUUUAUUUUAUUCUUUCGUAAUUUUUUUUCUUCGUAAAUUUUUUAGUUCGUUAGAACAAAAAUAAUGAGAAAAAAAAAAACAAAAUACGUUACUUUUUCCCAUCGUAUCACGUGACUUUUCGUUUUUUU